AUGUUGUUUCUCUCUAUGAACGCGGUCCUGCUAGAACUUGCUAUCACGUCCGUGGUCUGCGCAACGCCUUUCCGGGAAUCUGUUUCCAAGCAGACUCCUAAGGAUUUUGCCAUCCCGAACACCUGUACGACUAUCAACCACCGAAAGUCGUGGAAUGCCCUUACUGUUAAAGAGCGACACGAGUACAUCGAAGCAGAGCUUUGCCUCAUGCAUCACCCUCCAGUCACUGGAUUAGUAGAGAACGCGACAAAUGUCUGGGAUGAGAUUGCCAACAUUCAUAUCUCACAGAGAAAUGACAUUCAUUAUGUGGGUCAAUUCCUUCCAUGGCAUCGGUACUCCGUUCGGAUGCACGAGUUAGCCCUACAGAAGCUUUGUAACUACAGAGGUGCCCAUCCGUACUGGGACGAGCUCACCGACUAUACCAACGGAAACGUCUCCCAGUCGCCCAUAUUUGAUCCGAUUACUGGAUUUGGAGGCAAUGGUACCGGUUAUGAUGGAUGCGUUGUUAAUGGGCCAUUCGGAAAAAUUAAACUGCAUAUGAGCCUCCACCACGCGCGAGGCAACGAAUUCUGCUUGUCCCGGAACUUGGAUCAGAGCAGCUUCGCGGAGGGGAUCGCCACGAACGUUGAGCAUUGCUUUGGGUUCGCAAAUUAUACUGAUUCCUGGUAA